ACUUCUCUGAAAUGGAGAGAAGGCGAGGCCGGGCAGUUAGGAGUGGACGUCCGAUGACUUGCAGAUGUGGGUGGAAUGUUGGAGGGGGAGGCGGCUCGGGGCCCCCACGCAGUCCCCUUGGGAGCUUGGCCCCCUUUGCAGUGGCACUGCAGCUCCUGAGUGCUGUGUUUGGGGUGGGACCGGCUGCGAGGCGGUGGGGGGCUUGUUUGGCAGCCGGCGCCCAUCAGACAACUGGAGAGCGCCAGUGCCUGCGUGGCCAUCUGUCCCCACCGCCUAGCUCCCAGCCGCCUUCUGCUUCCCACAGAAGGGCCUGCACUGUUUUGCUGCACAAGGGCACAGGCCUGGCCGGGAGGGGCAAGCCCAGUCGGAUCCUGCCUUUGUUUAUUCUCAUCUCCUUGGGGCUGUUGCUCCCGGGAGUGGCCAGAGUGCAGCAGCUGCCCCGAGCCCUGUGCUGGGCAACAUUCCCCCCAAUGAUGGGAUGCCGGGAGGCCCCAUCCCGCCGGGUUUCUUUCAGCCUUUUAUGUCACCGCGAUACGCAGGCGGCCCCAGGCCCCCGAUCAGAAUGGGAAACCAGCCUCCAGGAGGAGUUCCUGGGACACAGCCAUUGCUGCCCAAUUCCAUGGAUCCCACACGACAACAAGGCCACCCCAACAUGGGAGGAUCGAUGCAGAGAAUGAACCCUCCCCGAGGCAUGGGGCCCAUGGGUCCUGGCCCCCAGAAUUACGGCAGCGGCAUGAGACCACCACCCAACUCCCUCGGCCCCGCCAUGCCCGGGAUUAACAUGGGCCCGGGAGCUGGCAGACCCUGGCCCAAUCCUAACAGUGCUAACUCAAUUCCAUACUCCUCCUCGUCACCCGGUACCUAUGUGGGACCCCCUGGUGGUGGCGGCCCCCCAGGAACACCCAUCAUGCCCAGUCCCGCAGAUUCAACAAAUUCCAGUGACAACAUCUACACAAUGAUUAAUCCGGUGCCGCCUGGAGGCAGCCGGUCCAACUUCCCGAUGGGUCCGGGCUCCGAUGGCCCCAUGGGCGGCAUGGGUGGCAUGGAGCCACAUCACAUGAACGGAUCGCUAGGGUCAGGUGACAUAGAUGGACUUCCAAAAAAUUCUCCCAACAACAUAAGUGGCAUUAGCAAUCCUCCAGGCACUCCUCGAGACGACGGCGAGCUGGGAGGGAACUUCCUCCACUCCUUCCAGAACGACAAUUAUUCUCCAAGCAUGACGAUGAGUGUGUGAUCCCCCUUCUCCGAGACGCAGAGAAAGCCGGCAUUGCAGGCGGGAAGUUGCCAGAAAUUAUGCAAGAAGAAGUGAGGUGUCAUUAUCCAGGAGCUAAGGGGGAGGGCGGCUCCCCGCUCCCCCUCAAGCCCCGCCCCCUCAAGCCCCUACCUGUCCCAGUUUUAGUUUCAUGCAAUAAAAAGGCCGAACUUUUUAUUCCAUAAAACAUGAAGGACAAAACUCAAAAAUGUAUUUCAAGUCAGUGACCAGAAAAACCCCGCUCCUUGCCCCUUCCCCAAAGGACCUUUUCUGUACAUGACACUUUUUUGUUGUUUUUUUUGUUUGUUUGUUUGGGGUUUUACCGUUGUGGGAUUUUUUUAUUUGUUUUCAGGGGGAGGUUUGGGGGGGGAUUUUUAAAAAUGGAAGCUUCCAGCAAGCCCCCACCCCAAUCAACCUCUAUGCUUUCUUCUUUAAAAAAAA